UGUGCGCGGGAGGCGGCGGCGGCGGCGGCGGCAGUCCCCCUCCAGGGUGGACCUCCCGUGAGCGGAGACGUCCCAAGACUGCAGGGAAAUACUGGGGAGAAAAGUGCCCCCGGAGGAGCAGAAAGUGUACCUCUACUUGCCGGCUUGUGAUGACUGACAUUUUCUCUGAGACGAUGGCCUGGACCAAAAUGAGAAGUACAUUUCCGUCGCCGAUCGCAAAGUAGCAAAGUAGCAGGCGACAGGCUGAGGACUGCCGGGCGAGCGAUGGAUCCCUGUGAAGAUCCAGAAGUGUCCGGUGGUAAAUCUCAGGACUCUAGGGGGGGCCAGCCUCAUGAACUUGAAGGACCACAGGCCAGCGGUCCUGAGGCGCUGGGGAAGGACUCUGCUGAGAUGUGGAGCCGGAAAUACCAGCUGCGGAGCAAAUACGUGCAGACCAGUAACAGUGAACCGCAAGAUCAAAACCGAGUUUCCAAAGACCUUAUAACGGUUGUCCAAGAAAUGAAAAAAUACUUCCCGUCAGAGAGACAGAGUAAACCAAGCACCCUGGAUGCUCUCAACUAUGCCCUUCGCUGCGUACACAGCGUGCAAGCAAACAGUGAGUUUUUCCAGAUUCUCAGUCAGAAUGGAGCGCCUCAAGCAGACGUGACCAUGUACAGUCUUGAGGAGCUGGCCACUAUUGCUUCAGAGCACGCUUCCAAAAACACAGAUACCUUUGUGGCAGUUUUUUCAUUUCUGUCUGGAAGGUUAGUGCACGUUUCUGAACAGGCUCCUUCGAUCCUGCAUUGUAAGAAAGAGUUCUUAGAGUCCUCGCAUUUCGUUGAACUGCUUGCCCCUCAAGACGUGAGGGUGUUCUACACACACACUGCCCACGCUCAGCUUCCUUUCUGGAACAACUGGACCCAAAGAGCAGCCUCACGCUAUGAAUUCGCUCCGGUGAAAUCCUUUUUCUGCAGGAUCCGUGGAGGUGAAGCCCGGGAGCUGGGGCAGGUUCACUGCCCGUUCCGGAUUAUCCCCCAUUUGAUUCAUGUGCACAGCUCGGCCCGCCCGGAGCCUGAGCCCUGCUGUCUCACGCUGGUGGAGAAGAUUCAUUCCGGUUACGAAGCUCCUCGAAUCCCAGUGGAUAAAAGAAUUUUUACCACAACACACACCCCCGGGUGUGUUUUUCUUGAAAUAGAUGAAAGAGCGGUGCCUUUGCUGGGUUACCUACCUCAGGAUCUGAUUGGAACGUCCAUCCUGACAUACCUGCACCCGGAAGAUCGUUCUCUGAUGGUCGCCGUACACCAAAAAGUCUUGAAGUAUGCAGGCCAUCUUCCCUUUGAACAUUCACCCAUUAGAUUUUGUUCUCAAAAUGGGGAUUACAUCGUAUUGGAUUCCAGUUGGUCCAGCUUUGUGAACCCAUGGAGCCGGAAGGUUUCCUUCAUCAUCGGUCGGCAUAAAGUGCGAACGAGUCCACUAAAUGAGGAUGUUUUUGCCACCAGAGCAAAAAAGAUGAACAGUAAUGACAGAGACAUAAUAGAAUUACAAGAACAAAUUCACAGACUUCUCUUACAGCCCGUUCACGGGAGCGCAUCCAGUGGCUGUGGGAGCCUGGGGAGCAGCGGGUCUCAGGAGCAUCACCUCAGCAUCGCCUCCUGCAGUGAGUCCAGCGGGCGCUGCGUGGACGAGGUGCAGAAGGCACCGUUGACUUUGCAGCAGGUCUGUGCCAGUGUAAACAAAAUCAAGAAUCUAGGCCAGCAGCUGUACAUCGAGUCAAGGGCCGAAUCACCAAAGAAGCAAGUGAUGGGGACCGGCCCGGGACAGCGUGGUGAUGAGCAGAAGGCCUUUUCUUCCUUCCAGACAUUAAAGGAUAUCAACAUGUGCACCGAGUCUUGUGAGGGUUUGGGAAGGGAUCGGCAUAGCCCAUCCUAUCAGCAAAUAAACUGUAUUGAUAGCGUUAUCAGGUACCUGAAGAGCUACAACAUUCCAGCUUUGAAGAGAAAGUGUAUCUCCUGUACAAAUACGACUUCCUCAUCCUCGGAAGAAGACGGACAAAGCCACAGAGCAGAUGAUGUCCAAGCACUGCAAGCUGUUUCUCAGAUCCCAGCCCUACCUACAUCAGAAAUGCCAGCUGAUGGACGGUCCACAGAUGCUGAUGGAGGAGCUCCACAGACCCUGACCGAGGCGGCUCUGAGCCUGGACGUGAGGCCGUGCAGCUACAGCAGCACCGUUGUUCACAUGCCACCACCGGAGUCAGCAGAGCUUGGCACCCUGCCCUGUGAGCCCUGGACCCUCAGCACACACCCAGCUCCACUGGCCUCAGGAAAGUUUAAACACAUAGGGCUCACAAAGGCUGUGCUGUCAGCCCACACACAGAAGGAAGAACAGAGUUAUGUGGAUCAAUUCCGGGACAAGAUUCUGUCAUCACCUUACAGCUCCUAUCUUCAGCAAGAAAGCAGAAGCAAAGCUAAAUAUUCAGAUGUUCAAGGAGAUUCUGCUUCCAAGCCUACCCAAUCCGCUAGUUGCAGGAAGGGGAAGCACAAGCGUAAGAAGCUGCUCAUGUGGUCGGACAGAAAGGAAACUAAGGAUGACUUCUGUCCCCACCUCGUAGGAGAGGCCCAGGAUGGACAGCCCUGGUGCCCUUCCUCCACCUCCUCUCCUCGUGCCUCUGGCCCAUCGCUCCCGGCUGCACUGGUGGUUCCCAGCCAGGCACUUUGCCUCAUCCAAGCCCUUCCCUUCCCAACCGUGACCUCCCUGGGGAGAGAACGUGCAGCCUCAGAAACUGUGCUGCAGAGUCUGCCUGCAGAGCCGCCUUUCCCCAAUGGCUUGCAAUCUUUCCCAGCUCUGCCCUCUGCUUGCUUAGAUACUUGUAUGAACAUCUUCCUGCAUGACCCCCCUAUCUGUCCUCUCUUGUUACCACCAUUCUCCCCAUAUCCAUUCUUGGGAGCAGCAGCCUCUUCUGAAAUACCCGCCUCGGUAUCAGCAGUGGCUCCAAAUCCAGGCCCACCAUCUUCAGCCAUCAGCCAAAGGAGCGGCGAGGGAAAGUGGGGGACCCAGAAUGAAGGGCACCCCCUCAUUAACUCAAAGAGCAGCUCCCCGCUCCAGCUCGACCUGCUGCAGGAGGACAGGCCCAGAUCCUGUGCAUCCCCAGAAGCUGAGUAUCAGCCUGUCAGUCCCAACAGUGAGAAUAAGAACGAUCAUUUUACUACCAGUGAACUGUCUACAGUGUCACUGCACGAGGCUUCUCUGCCGGGAACUGGUUCUGCAGCAGCAGGAAGCAGUGGCAGCAGUAUAAACUUUGCUACUAGUGAUUAUUCUUCUGAAAUCUUUCAAAAUGGGCAGCAAUCUCAGGAUGUACAGAAAAAAGAAACAUUUCCCAACUUAGCUGAAGAGUCCAUCUGGAGAAUGAUAGAACAGACACCUGAGUGCAUUCUGAUGACGUAUCAGGUGCCUGAGAGGGUUAAAGAAAUUGUACUGAAAGAAGACUUAGAAAAGCUGGAAAGCAUGAGGCAGCGGCAGCCGCAGUUUUCUCACGGACAAAGGGAGGAGCUGGCCGAUGUGCAUUCCUGGAUUCAGAGCCAGAUGAUUCCUCAGGAAGUAGACAUCCAAGGCUGUGUCACUUGCGAAAACGGAGAUUCAGCUGGUGAUGCUGCAGAAUCCUGUGGUCCGGAUCCAGCAGAAGCAGCAGUUGAGUGACUCUGAAGAUGCACCUGUACUCCCUCUCCAGGCCUGUGGGACAGCUAGACCUCCUUGUGAUUCUCUCUAAACCCCUGGGUCUUAAAUGACCUUGAAGUUAUCAUUGAAUAUUAAGCUUUUUCCUUCCUGAUUUUUUAACAGACAUCAUUUUCCUGAAGCAGACAUUGUAUAUAGACUCUUUUACUUGUCUUUUUCCCCAAUGUAUUUAAACUGUCAAAUAGACUAUUUUUCUAGUUUAGCUGUCCUCUAAUGAGAUUGGAUGGCCUCUAAAGAGGUACGUGUACAGUCGAACUUUAUUUCAGAUGUCACCCCAAAUAAAUUACAAUUAGAAGUAUAGCUAGAGGACUUCCCUGGUGGUGCAGUGGUUAAGAAUCUGCCUGCCAAUGCAGGGGAAACGGGUUCGAUCCCUGGUCUGGGAAGAUCCCACAUGCCGUGGAGCAACUCAGCCCGUGCGCCACAACUACUGAGUCUGCACUCUAGAGCCCGUGAGCCACAACUGCUGAGCCCGUGUGCCACAACUACUGAAGCCCACGCACCUAGAGCCCGUGCUCUGCCACAAGAGAAGCCACUGCAAUGAGAAGCCCGCGCACCACAACGAAGAGUAGCCCCUGCUCGCCACAACUAGAGAAAGCCCACGCGCAGCAAGAAGACCCAUGCAGCCAAAAAUAAAAUAAAUAAAAUAAAUAAAUUUAUUUUUAAAAAAAAAAGUAUAGCUAGAAAGAGCCCCAUACCUUAGCCUCAUUGAUUUUGUUCUGUUGUUACAUGAAUCAUUUUCCCCUGUUAGAGACUUCAGGAAAUCCCCGCUCUGGGCCAUGUACCUUUCCUAACAAUGUCCAUAAAUAACAGUGCCCUCACCUGGUCUUUGCCCGGUGACACAUCCCUCCACAGUUAGGGUCUGACAUUCCAGUUUUCUCACAACACAACACAGAUCACUUCAGCAUUGACCAGUAUGAAAAUGUAUUGCCCAUUGGUGUACCGGAAAUUCCUAGCUUUUAGGGUUGAAUUUUGACCUUCAUUUUUGUAGAUGCUUUUCCUUUUGAUUUUCUACCUUCCACUGAAAUUCUCAAAGUCUUAGUUAAAAAUGGAUCAGCUUCACAAUGAGCUUAUUCUUUGCAGGGUUUAAAUUAGCUUUUUCAUGUGUAAUGUUAAAACAAAAGAGCUUCUAGCUCAACCAGCUUCUGACUCAUCCCUUUUGAAAUUUUAAAGUAAUGAUUGCAAAAAUUUUUAAAGUUAUGUAAGAGUUGAUGUCGUUCUUAUAUGCGUAUGUGUUUAAAUGUUGUCUUAUCAAAACUAACAGUUCAUUCUUUCUUUCCAACCAAUUUACACAAAAGAAGGUCUCUCAAUCCCUGCCAGAGGUCUGAUUGGCACUGCCUUCUUUUUGUCCUUAAAUAGGGGUAAGUGUUGCCCUUAAAUAGGGGUAAGGGUCCUACGGGAGGUCCCUAGCCAAGAGGGUUGCAGAAUCUGCCACAAAGGAGGGCUUCCUGGGCCUGCUGAAGUUGUGUCUUUUAAGAAGUGAGUGAGUUGUUUACAUGAUUUGCGAGCCCCCUCUUCGUAGAGAAGUGAUGAUUCCUUCUCAAACUUGGAAUGACGUGUAGUUCACACCCAUGUAGAUCAGAACCAGGAAUAGAAGAAAAUGAAGGCUGGAAUAACCUUUUCUCUUUUAAAUAACAUGCAAAAAACUUACUUUUUUUGUUGCGGUGGUUUGUUGUUGUGUUUUUUUUUGUUUUAGGAAAACACUCCUUCCUUUCAAGUUUUAUAGUUUUUUAUAAAAGGCAUCCUGAUCAUAAUUAUGAGAAUCAACCUUUCUAUCCACAAUGCUGCUGGACUCUGAUUUUCAAGCCUCGUAGCUUAGAUUGACUUUCUAAAGUAGAACAGACGGCUCUCGAAUCUGCAGGGGAUUGGUUCCAGGACCCCCUGGCAGAUGCUAAAAUCCAUGGAUGCUCAAGACCCUUCUAUAACAUGGUGGUACAGUCAGCCCUCUGUACCUGCGGAUCCACAUCCAGGAUUCUACACCCCUCCCCGAUUCUCCCCACCAGGAAUACAGGGGGCCAACUGUAGUUUCCUAUAAGGUAAAUCUUUCUUCAGGUGUCAGAACCAUUUUCAAAUGAUGCCCGUGACAUCUCCUGGAAUUUUCUCACUUUAAGCGGCUCCAUGCCCGUAUUCCUGUCUUAUGAAUAGAAGACUCUCCUAUCCUGCUCCAUCUCAGCUGUUAAAUGAUCUCUGAAGCCCUUGUUGUGUUGGUCAAGUUGUGUGGUAUUUUUGCCCUUGGUGAAAAAUCAAAUUUUAAGAAAUGAACCAGCCUGGAUAUUGUCCAUCAGUAGAAUCGCUGUGACCUUCUGUAGUGAUAACCUUUUUAAUUUGUUUAAAUCAGAAAUGGCAUGGAGCAAUCAGAGGACGGUUCUGCAUUUGUGAACAUGUUUUAUAAACCUGACCUUCUCUAAUAUAAGCCCUCAUUUCGAUUCUUUCUGGACGUUUGUUUUAUCGACAUUUGCUUAUUUCUUUGCCUUACUACACGUUUAGGGUCAAUUUAAAAUUGGUGCUUGUUGUAAGCAGAUCUAAAAAACCAUUUGUAGUUCUGAUACUUUGAUAAGCCGCCGAACUGGCGUAUUUAGAGUUUGGACCAUGAUGCUUCUACUGCUGAGGAUGAGCAGACGAGGUUCAGCAGUGCGGCUGCCGCCCCCCCAGGGGGGAUCCCCCCGAGUUUAAACAGUUGUUCAAGUUUAUGAACUUUUUGUAUUGAUAACUAUAGAAAUUGGUAAUAAAAAUGUAUACUAUAGGCUUCAGUGUUUACAUAAAUGUUACCAAAAAGCUGUAUUUUUUUGGAUAAGAGGUCAGGAUUUAUGAACAACAGAAUGCUGUGCAAAUGGAAUCGUUUUACAAUUAAGUGCAACUUCAUCAUAACUUACAAGGUAAAUUUAAUCCAAAUGUAAAUUUUCUUUCAACUGAGUUUAUAAUUAACUGUGAAUUUACUUGUUUUUAAUGGUUAUUAAUAUUUUAAUCGGGUAUCUUUUUUAAGCAAAAACAAUA